AUGCUCGACGAGAUGGACACUCAGUUUGGCCCCGCCGAUGCUGGUCGCUUCGACUUCACUAUCCUGUUCGAGCAUGCCAUGCUUGUCCUGGUGCCUGCAGGAAUCCUCGUCUUGGCUCUGCCAGCAUUCUUAAACGCCGCCCGAGCCGUUCGCCAAGCUCGCUCGGGUGCUCUGCUCUGGCUUAAGCUCGUGGUUGGCGUUGCCCUUGUCGUCAUCCAACUCGCCAGUCUUGUUCUUUGGCACAGUGCUGCUCGCACAACCGUCUCGCUCGCGGCAUCUGUCAUGUCCUUCGUCGCUUCUUUCUGUGUCCUCGCAAUUAUAUACAUUACGCACAUCUAUACCGUGCAAUCUUCAGCAUUGCUGAGCGUCUUCUUAUCCAUCACCAUGCUCUUCGACAUCACCAUGGCUCGGUCUUACUUCAUGAGAGGCGACUUGGGUACUAUUGCCGCCCUGCAGAUAGCAAUUGCUUCGCUUAAGCUCGUGCUUGCUGUUUUGGAGGAGAUGCCUAAGCGCGACUUACUCUAUUCCGACAAAAUGCGUGAUAACGCGGGCUCGGAGCAGUUUAGCGGCUUCUGGAAUCGUUCCAUGCUGAUAUGGGUCACUCGCCUUGUGGUGGAAGGCGCCCGGAGAAACCUAAGAGUGGAAGAUCUUCCACCGAUCGGCCAGAAAUACAGCUCCGAGCAGCUCUUCGACCGCUUUACCCCGUUCUGGAAGAAAACUAUAGCUGCCAACGAAUCGAAACGACCGCUGGUCAGAGCCGGGUUUCGCACGCUCUACUGGGAGCUUCUCAGCCCGGUACUCCCUCGGCUUUGUCUCGUUGGCUUUUCAUUUGGUCGACCGUUUCUGAUGCAACGUGUCAUGGAUAGCAUCAGCAGCGGCACGAUUUCUCAAUCCAAAAUCAAUGGCCUCAUCGGCGCUACGAUCCUCAUCUUUGGAGGCUUAGCGAUCUCAAGAGCAAUCUCCGAGCGACUCCAAUAUCAAGCAAAGACCUCUGUACGAGGAAUCCUAGUUGUUGCCAUCUAUGAUAAGAUCCAGCGACUAGGAAUGGAAGACUUGGCAGCCUCGGCCGCUGUUUCUCUGAUGACGGCAGAUAUCACUGGCCUGGACCAGCUACUAACUAGACUGCAUGCUACCUGGGCUUCUUGUGUUGAGCUCGGCCUUGGCAUAUUUGUCCUUUACAAGUUCGUUGGCGCAGCUUGUUUCUUGAUCUUCAUACCCACCAUCAUUGCCUCGGUAGCGACGUAUUAUACCUCAAAGAAGAUGCAAGGAGCCAGGACCGUCUGGAACGAGAAGAUUCAGUCGCGUGUCGCCUCAACCUCUAAUGUUUUGGCCCAGCUCAAGAGCAUCAAAGCCAUGGGACUGACGACCGCCAUAUCGAAGUUCUUGCAGGAAAAGCGACUAAGCGAGAUUAAUACGUCGAUGACCGAACGCAAUGCACGAAUCUUCAUUUUUGCCAUCUAUGCUUUUGGAAACACAAUGGCUCCAGUCGCCGUCUUUGCUGGCGCUCGAUUUUGGACGCGAGCUGCCAACCCCAUGACUGUACCCGAAACAUUUGCCACAUACGCCGUCGUUUUGAUAGUUGCCCUGCCUAUCAGCGAGCUUCUGGGUUAUCUUCCGUAUUAUGCUGGCGGAUGGGCCUGCUUGAUGCGCAUUCAGAAGUUCCUAUUGCUCCCCGAAAUCUCGGACAAGCGUGAUACUGGCGGUUUGCCGACCCCACAGAGCGUCGAGUAUGAUGAAAAGGGUUGUCCGCCGGUGCAGCCAGGGCGAUACGCCAUCGAAAUGAAUCACAUUUCCUACACCUCUGAUUUGUCCGGGCCAAUUCUGAGAGACGUGACUCUUCGGAUCCCUACAGGAUCUAUCGUGAUGGUCCAUGGCGGACUCGGCACGGGUAAAUCAGCUUUUCUAAGCGCUAUCCUCGGAGAACUCCCUAUCGACACUGGAACUAUCGACAUUGCCACCAGACACAUUGCCUACGCAGCCCAGACGCCUUGGAUUCAAAAUCUUACAAUUCAAGACAACAUCAUUGGCGCAUUCCCGUUUAUUGAGUCGCUCUAUGACGAUGUCAUAGACGCAUGCGACCUUGCGAAAGAUCUCGAUGAUCUUGCUGAUGGCGACCAAACGAUGACGGGAAGUAAUGGAUGCAAUCUCAGUGGAGGGCAGAAACAGCGCGUGGGAUUGGCCCGAGCGCUUUUCUCGCGAUGUUCAAUCAUCAUCCUUGAUGAUGUACUCAGCUCUCUGGACGAAGUCACAACUACCAACAUCGUCCAGCGCUUGCUAGGGCCACAUGGUCUUCUGCGCCGCUGGAACUCGACAGUCAUUAUGACCACGAAGAAUUUGGACAUUCUCGGCGCCGCCGACAUGGUCUUUGAGGUCUCUCCGCAUGGCAAUAUUAUUCAGAUGCCGCUUCCUCGCCCAAACUCCAAUACUGCUAAAGCGCCUUCGCACUUGCGAGGCCAGACACCUGAGCCAGCUGGCAAAGAGGAAGAACAGCCGCCUACGGAAGUCGAGGGACCGCCCACCGUUGACACCACAAAAACGUCGGAUAUCAACGACGACACUAAGAGGAAAGAGAGCGACUAUCGCCUCUAUCGCUACUUUUUCCAUUCAACCAGCAUUUUCAUGCUUGCGUUGUGGUUUGUGGGCAUCGCAAUUGCAUCCGCUCUUGAGAGAAUGCCCCAAAUCUUUAUGCGCGUGUGGCUUAGCAUUGACGCAAAUAACAACAAGUAUUUUGCCGGAUUUGUCGCGCUCAGCGUGUCAGAUAUCCUUGCGAUUUCAAUCGUCGGCGCGCAAUUUUUCAAGCACAUUGUUCCGCAGACGUCGGCGACGCUUCACUGGGGUCUCUUGGAGGCGGUUCUGGGGGCCAAGCUGUCGUUCCUUACCCAUACCGAUGCAGGCUCGCUCCUCAAUCGCUUCAGCCAAGAUAUCGCCUUGAUUUCACAGACACUGCCAACACUAUUCAUGGCAACAUUCUCCAUGUUCUUUAACGUUCUGGUGGACAUUGGUGUCAUAGCCUCGGGAGCCAAGUACGCCGCUCCGAUUAUUGUCUUCUUCAUCGUUGCUCUCUACACUGUUCAGUACUACUACCUCAAGACGUCGCGUCAACUGCGUCUCCUGGAGCUCGAAACCUCGUCACCGCUCAUCACACAUAUGACGGAAUCCAGCUCUGGCAUGGCACACAUCCGCAACUUCGGGUGGCAACAUUACUUUCAGAGCGAAUUCAUACAACGUCUUGAUUCCUCUCAAAAGCCAUACUAUUACCUAUUUUGCAUCCAACAAUGGCUGACCUUUAUACUUGAUGCCAUGACAUUUGUGUCCGCAGUCACUCUAGUCAGCAUUUCCCUGGUAUUUCCGCAGUCGACCUCGGACGGUGCUAUCGGCCUAGCGCUCCUCAAUCUGAUCACCUUCAGUGCGACGGCCUCGCUGUUCCUCUCGGUUUGGGUGCGCGUUGAGACUAGUUUGGGAGGCCUAUCACGCAUCAAGGAGUUUUGCGCGGAGGCGCCAAGGGAGCAGGACCGUGCUGACAUGCCGGACGUGGAGGAGGAUUGGCCAGCGACUGGCAAGAUUGAUUUCAACUGCGUAACCGCCAGCUACAGGGGUCCUGGCGGGGAGGUGCGCCGGGCUCUCAACAAUGCGACUUUUAGCAUCCAGCAUGGUCAAAAAGUCAGCGUCAUUGGACGUACUGGAAGCGGCAAGACAUCGAUGAUGCUGGCUCUCUUGCACUUGAUUGAGUUCUCCGGCAGCAUCAGCGUGGACAAUCGAGAAAUCAAGACAGUCCCGCGCAACGUCUUGCGUUCGCGCAUCACAACGUUGACGCAAGACGGUGUGGAGCUAAAUGGCACAGUGCGCUUCAACAUGUUUCCGUUUGACGCAGCCAUGCCUGCAGAUGACCACAUCAUCGCUGCGCUCGAGGGGGUGGGGCUUUGGGCGCAUAUUGAGAAGCACGGCGGACUGGAUGCGGACAUUGUGGAAGCUCGACUUUCGCACGGUCACAAGCAACUGCUCUUUAUUGCUCGCGCCAUCCUGCAUCGAGAAAUCAUGGAUACCAAAAUUGUGCUCGUGGACGAGGCGACGAGCUCUCUCGACGCGGAGAUGGACCAGCAGAUCCAGGAGAUCAUGGACGAAUCGUUUGCAGACUGCACGGUUGUGCACAUCUCUCACCGACGAGAGUCGUACGAAAAUAUUGACUUGAGCAUUGGGCUCAGUACCGGAGAAGUGGUUGAAGUGCUGCGGCGCAGCUCAAGGUCUGGGCAUUGGGUGCCCGCCUACUAA